CCUAGUCUGGGUGUGUGGAGAGAGACCAGCGGCUAACGUCUUUAGAGAUUCUUCUUCUUAAACCCUAUUCUUCAGGAAAAAACAACAGAGAAAAGAGGCGCCGAGAGACAGACAGAGGAAAACGAAGAAGAUAAAGUGAAUCAGAAGAUCUUUUUUUUCACCCAUACAAGAGUAAGGUGGUGUGAGGAGACUGGUUAAUUUGAUUUGCUCAUAACAAUGUCGUCUCUAAGGAAUUCUGUCCCUAGGAGAGCUCACAAAGAACGAUCCCAGCCGCAAGCAAGAAAAAAGUUUGGGAUUCUUGAAAAGCACAAAGAUUACCGUCAGCGUGCAAAGGCAUACCACACAAAGGAGAACAUUAUAAAGAUACUCAAGGAGAAGGCUGCAAACAAGAACCCAGAUGAGUUCUACUAUAAUAUGAUCAGAUCGAAGACUGUUGAUGGAGUCCACAUACCAGAGAGCGAGGCCAAAUUCACUCAAGAUCAACUCAUGCUGAUGAAAACCCAAGAUAUGGCGUAUAUCAAACAGAAAUGGCAAAGUGAGGAGAAGAAAAUCGAAAGGUUAAGUUCCAUGUUGCACUCUCUUGGUGAUCGGAAGCCAAACAAACAUGUUUACUUUGCCGAAGACAGGGAUGAGGCCAAAGAAAUUCAAUCAAAUUUACUAUCACAUGGAAAGUUGCCUUCUCAGGAUAUCCCUGCUCAUAUCAAAAGGAAAACAGAAAUAUCUUAUAGAGAGCUGGAAGCACGUAAAAAAAGAGCAAAUGAGCUGAAGAAGAUGUACAUGGAGAUGGCUUUGAAGAAGGAAUUGCAGAAAAAGGGCCGGAAACGUAAACUUCGAGAGGAUGAGAUUGUUUCUCCAACUUCUGGACCUGUAUACAAGUGGAGAACGGAGCGAAAGCGGUGAACUGUUGAACAAUUUCAUUGUCUUCAAAACAUCAACACAACUUGAUAGGAGAUUUUGUUCUUGGAACUUGUAAUGAGGUGGUUCUCAAGCUUGCCCCUUAAGCGCAACCAAUUUUUUUAUUGGACCAGAUGGUAGUGGUUUCUUAUAGUUUUCGAAUCUGUAAUUUAGUGAAGUUUAAUGAUGAGAUGUGGAGAAAAGAAGCUACACAUGAAAAUAGAUAUUUGCUUGAACUAGUAGUGGUUUUAUAAAUCAAUGUUCUAAGGAAA